AUGGCCGCCCCCGUGUCCCGCCUCAGCGCUGGGCCUGCAGCCUUGAGGCCCUGGGCCCUGAACCGCAGCCUUCUGCUCCUGCUGCUGUUGAUGUCGCUGCUGUUGUUGCUGCUGCCACUGCUGAACUCCGGUUACAAAGAUGACAGCACCAAACCAGCUUGUGGGAAACCCUGGUGGUCGGAAGACUUGGACGUGACCCGCCAUUGGCCCUGGGAGGUGAGCCUCCGACUAGAAAAUGAGCACGUGUGUGGAGGGGCCCUCAUUGACCUCAGCUGGGUGGUGACUGCUGCCCACUGCAUCCAAGGCACCAAAGAGUACUCGGUGAUUCUCGGCACCUCCGAGCUGAAGCCCAUGGACCCCACAAAGGCCGUCGCGAUCCCCGUGAGGGACAUCAUCAUGCACCCCAAGUACUGGGGCCGGACCUUCACCAUGGGCGAUGUUGCCCUUCUCCAGCUUCACACUCCUGCCGUCUUCAGCAAGUACGUGCAGCCCAUCUGCCUCCCGGAGCCCACCUACCACCUGAAGGUUGGGACGCAGUGCUGGGUGACCGGCUGGGGCCAGGUGAAGCAGCGCUCCUCCGCCAACUCCACGCUGACCCCAGAGCUGCAGGAGGCCGAGGUGUUUAUCAUGGACAACAAGAGGUGUGACCGGAUUUACCGCAAGAAGUCCCUCAUCCCCUGCAUUUUCCCCCUUGUCAUGGAGGACAUGAUCUGUGCCACCAACUAUGAAGAAAACUUGUGUUAUGGGGACCCUGGGGGCCCAUUGGCCUGCGAAGUUGAGGACAGGUGGAUUCUGGCUGGGGUGUUGUCCUGGGAAAAGGUCUGUGCCAAAGUACAGAAUCCAGGCGUGUACACCCGUGUCACCAAAUACAGCAACUGGAUCAAGAAGCAAAUGAGCAGUGGGGCCCUGUCAGGCCCCCGCGCCUCCGCCUGGCUCCUACUCCUGUCCCGGCUGCUGCAGCCCAGAGUGGGCCUCUGAUCGCCCCUCUUCUUCCUGCUUUGCUUCUGCUGAAUGGGACCCGAUCAAGGUUAGACCAAGGUCAUGUGUCCAUAGUCAACAAGAGUCAGGGUGGGGACAGAGUGGCUCCUGGGAGACUGCUUUGGCAUCCCAGUGGGGAGGGACGUAGUGGAUGACUGGCCUUGGGUGUCCAGGAGAAGGGAAGUGUGGCCUAAAAGGGCUCUGGAAUUGGGGACCAG